GUCAAAAGUAUCAAAAAUGGCGGCGGAUGGUGACGAAGUGAUUAGUGAUCAGGAAAAAGUUAGAAUUGUAUCAGAUUUCAUUCUACAUUCUCCACCUGGUGAAUUUAACGAAGUGUUCAAUGAUGUAAGAGUCCUUUUAAACAAUGACAGUCUUCUCAAGGAAGGAGCGAGUGGAGCAUUCGCGCAGUACAACAAGGACCAGCUCACGCCCGUGCGCCUCGAAGGAUCGGAACUACACACCUUAAUAACUGAGCAUAACGAGCUCGGUGGCGGCAGAUUCUUUGAUCCUCGCUCCAAAAGAUCGUUCAAGUAUGACCACUUACGUAAGGAAGCCUCCGAGUACGAACCGUAUGAACCUGACAAAGUGGCGGAGCCCUGGCGGGCGGCCCUCGAUGAAGAGCUCACAGCGUACGUGGCCGCUCAUUAUAAACACGUUGCCAGCUUAGUAGUCGGCCGUGCUUUAGAGUCUGGUGCUGUUUCCCUUAUCGCAUGUAUCGAAGAUCACCAGUUCCAGCCUAAAAAUUAUUGGAACGGAAGAUGGCGCUCUGUAUGGACGCUGACCGUCGGUGCUGGCCCUGCGGAGCUGCGUGGCAUGCUGCGUGUACAGGUACAUUACUAUGAAGAUGGAAAUGUUCAACUCGUAAGCUCUAAAGAAGUUCGUUUGCCAUUAGUUGCGACAGGAGAGGCUGCAACAGCCAAAGAAUUCGUAAGGCUAGUCUGUGAUGCAGAAAACGCCUACCAAACAGCAAUAUCUGAUAACUAUAAGACUAUGAGUGACACAACAUUUAAGGCGCUAAGACGACAGCUACCAGUUACUCGUAGCAAGAUCGACUGGGCACGCCUUGUUUCUUACACAAUUGGAAAGGAGCUUAAAAGCCAAUGAUGUCCUGCCGCUGCGCUCUGAGCCGCAGCGGCCGCUCCACGCCUCUGUACAUACUUGCAUAAGAGUAAAUCAUGUUCAAAUGUUUAUGGGCACUGGGGCUUUCUGCUCCCUAGUGUGUAUUAUCUAUGAGUAUAUAGAAGAAGCGCUAUUGUAAUGUUAAAUUUGAUUGCAUUUUGUUACUCUCAGUAUAAAGAAAUUAUUAAAUGGUGACAAUGGCUGAUACAAUUGGACAGUUUCAUCUCUUACUGGAAGAGACAUACAUUUAAUGUGUCCAUUUCUGAUGGUAGUGUUGCAGAUCUAAAGUAAUGUUGUACUUAGGUGUGGACCUGCUCUAGAGCAGUUUACAUGUUCUCUAGAUAAUCCCUAUGACUGAAACGUCAAAUUGGUAUUACAGUUUUAUUUAUUUGCUUUCCGAUUGAGGUUUGUUAAGUAAGCAAUACAUUGACCUUUUAUGUUUUGAUUUUUCUUUUUUGUAAUUACGUCAAUUACUGAUAAAU